CGUCCCCUGCCCCACCUGUCUGUCAGCUUGCAUCGUCAGCGUGAACAGCACAACAGAACACCGCACCGGAUCGAGCAGCCGGAUUCGAGAAUCGAGAUCGGGGAAGCAGCAGUCUCAGCGGAAGCGCAAAGGAAGGAGAGGGCGGCCGGAGAAGCAGCUCGCCUGGCCUUGCGUCGCCUCGCCAUGGGGAUCGGCUACGUCAUCGGCAUCCUCGGCGGCGCCCUCCUCGCCCACGCCGCCUACGCCACCAUCCAAUAUCGUGCGGUGCUGAAGAUCACGGAAGAGGAGUUCUCGCGGCCGCCAGUGGAUGUGAUGAUGCAGCUGCUCCUGGGGCUUGCCUUAUGCAUGUGGGCAGGUGUCUCUGUUCCAGCAAAGUUCCUUUCGGUGCUCCCCCAUUCCGAGGAGAAUAGGAUCGUAUCGCUCCCAGCAAACCUGGAUUUCAUGAUCUUCAACCACCGUGGAAGGGCGCUGCCUUCAGACGCAGACUUGAAGUUGAAGAUAUGAACAAAUUCUGUUCCUUUCUUGUCAUGUAACCUUUUGCCCAAGAGGAGGAUCCAUCCAGUUAUUCUUGUGUCACCCAUGUGUAAGAGGGGAAAGCUUUUUCUUGGCCAUAACUUGUUUAUGCUGUAACUGUAGAAUUUUGUGACACGGACACCUGUCCUAUAUAUUUUGAGGUGGUUAGCACGAGGACCUGAUCUAGUGCAAGUUUA